AUGGUUGGUUGGAGUAUAGAGAAAGAGCUAUUAGAACGCCUAAGGAAAGGAGUCUAUGGUGAUAUCUACAAUUACCCUGUCAAAGAGUAUGAAAAAGUCCUUGAGAUGGAUUCAUUGCAGGCUGCCAAUGAAGAUGAAGAGGAGAGAAUAACGCGGAUAAUUUUGGCAUCUGCUGGAACACCGAGAAGCGGUGAAUUAGCUAUCCGUAGGGGAAUCCGCCAGAGCCUAGGGAAAGAAAUGCAACCACCGGAAUUGGAUAGACUCAAGGAGGAGGCAAACACUCACAUGGUCGUGGCGGCACUGGUAGCUGCUAUGACUUUCGCAUCUGGUUUUUCCGUUCCCGGAGGAUACAAUGGUUCUGACCCAGAUGCUGGAAUUGCCGUAUUACUCCACAAAGCCAUGUACAAUGUCUUUGUGAUUUGCAACUCCAUCGCCAUGUAUAGCUCGAUCAUUGCACUCGUGAUCCUCCUCUGGACACAGAUUAAUGAUCCUUACGUGGUGGAAAAUGCCCUUUCGAAAUCAAGACUCCCGGUGUUGGUAGCUCUUGCUGCGAUGCCUCUGGCAUUCAUGGCGGGCGUCUACGUGAGCAUAAACAAACUCGCUUGGCUCGCCAUUGUGGUCUUGGUCUUGGGAUCCGUCGCCCUCUGCAUUAUCUUGAUUUUCUAUUUUUUGUUGUAUAUCCCGCUUGGGCACAAGCAUCCUCUCGUUCGUCGCUUCAACGACUUAAUUAUCGUUCUGGGCAUCUCAAUGUCGGGGAGGGUGACUGCAGGCGGUGGGACUGCGGGACGAGCAACGACAACUCUCGGUGCCCAUCGUGGUGCUGACCAUCGCCUCCACCGGAGAAGCGAGAUCCCUGAUUGA